CGACAAUUUCUUCAACCUCCGCAGGCUGCGGACAUCCUUGUCUGACGCGUCACUGAGUGCUUAUGGAGACUUUCGAUGUGAAAAGAAGGUGACACUCGAUCGUAGAGGUUUGAGGCCUCGCACAGGUACCAUGUGAAGGGGACCCACUGAACCAAAGCCUCGAGACAAGAAGAACCUAGUACAUAUAUGAUUACGGCACGCAUGUGAGCCUCCUUUCUCCCCAUCUCUGUCUGUGAUCGCGCGCUCGUCGACAACAUGAGUGCUUUCGGCGAGGUGGUAGACCUGACCGCCCACAUCGAAUCAAUUCUCAAACGCUAUCCGUUCAGCAUUGGCAUAUUUAGGGAACUGCUCCAGAAUUCCGACGACGCAGAAGCAAAGAAACAGGUUUUCCUACUCGAUAAUCGCGUGCAUCGUCACGACUCGAUCAUUGAGCAGACGCUAUUGAGUCUACAAGGCCCUGCACUACUUGCUUACAAUGACGCCACGUUCAGCGAGAGUGACUGGAAGUCGCUGCAGAACAUUAAUCGAUCAUCCAAGAAGAUAAACACUGAUAAAAUCGGAAAGUACGGAAUCGGACUUCGCUCAGGCUAUCAUGUCACGGACAACCUUGAAGUUCUUUCUGGAGACUCGUUAGUCAUCUUCGACCCGCAUCGCCGCCUCAUUCCAGAAGGAGGCAAGAAAUGGUCUCUUGCGGACAUACACCAGAAUUAUCCCGACCAGCUGUUACCAUUCGGGCACUUUCUGCCCGAGAACCCGAGCAAUAAUUUCGAUGGCACGGUCAUACGACUACCAUUGCGUCAAGCCGGCAACGGGAGCCUGAUCAGCGCCAAAGUCCCUGAUAUCCGCGAGCUCGAGCAGCUCAUGGUUGAAUUUGUUGAAAAGGAAUUGCCCAUCGUAAUGCUCUUCCUCUCGCAUAUCACUCGCGUUGAGCUCAUCAUACUCGACGAUGAUGGCACCACUCGUGUGGUUGGCAAAGCGGACAUCGAACGCAAGCCCUCCACUGCUCAGACUCUUAGCGAACCUGUUCAAUCAACAGACUGCACGGUCAACGUGCAUCGACUCGACCAUGCCGUCACGCAAAACGAUUCGUACGAUUGGCAUAUCCUGCAUGCAUCCUUCUCCGAGGAGGACUGCGUCAAAGCUCUCAAGGAGCGCUUAGGAGUAGAUAGCGAAUACGAUGUUCUGGCCGAUCUCAAAGCUGAGAAGCUGUGCCCGACGAGCGGUAGCCCCGUAGCGAUUGCAUUCCCACUCUCCCAUCAAACAUCGUCGGGGAGGUUAUUCACAUAUCUGCCGCUACCCUUGAACACAGGAUUUCCCUGCCAUAUCCAUGCGCUUUUCGCUCUCACGGAUUCGAGAGAUCAUCUCCGGAACAGCGGAGAGGUCAUUCUAGAACGAAGUCGCGAUAGACUCCUCAUCGAAUGGAACCGUGUCUUAUUCCAAACCUUCAUUCCAAGAGCUUGGGCAGCUCUCCUGCAAAGCCUCGCCGAUCGCGCAGACUUCACAGGCGACAUUUACUCAGCAUGGCCGCCACCGCAGCAUCAAGGUUAUAGCGGAGAAUCUGUGUACUGGCAGGGACUUCCUGAACAGCUCAUCUCCACGGUGUUGCAGGAAAAACUUCGCGUUUGGCCUUUGAAACUUUCAGAGGCGAAUGAAGAGCCAACCGUUUUUGCGGAAAUGAAUGAAAUCCUCGUCGCUGAAGCCGCCGUGGAAGCGGAGUUGUUGCAAGCUCUCGCGAGGGCUAGACUCUCUAUCAUGCAAUCUCCUACGUACAUCGGCGACAUGCUCAAGCAUGAACAGGUUCGAUGGCUGAGUCCACAAACUGCUCACGUCGAACUUCAGGGACACACCCAUGCCUUUCUUCCUCAACUCGACUGGCCGUCCAAAAUGUCAAUCUUGAGCUAUCUAACCUCGUCAGGAGACGCCUCGCUUCUAUCCGAGAUUCCAUUCGUACCCACUGUCUCCAACGGCGAGGUUGCACUGACUUCCACGCUUGGAGCUUCACCUCGCACUCUUCUGGCCGAAGCAGAAACUGAUCUGUUCGAACAUUACGACCCUGAUGCAAUUGCAUUGCAUCGACUUCCGAAUGGUGUUGCAGAGAUACUAGUGACGGAUGGCGUCAGAAAACUUAAUGUCAGGUGCUUGGAUCAUGUCCGAGUAGUCGAAUAUCUGCACACUGCACUCCUCACGAUCUCCAUGGAGUGGCUGACUCGAUUCUGGAGCUGGAUCCCUUCAUGGAAUAAUGCAAAUACGUUGCUGCCAUCCAUACUGUCAAUGCCUCUUUUGUCGACAUCCCAGAACCAAUAUCGAACGAUUCAAGACGGUGCCUUUAUGCAGCUCGAGCAUAGAGAAGGGCCAUUAGAAACCGUUUUGACCUCACUUGGGUUGAUCUUCAUGUCAACAUCUUUCCCCGCUUCCGCGUUGCAAUUCUUGAAGAGCAGCGCAUCUCACACAAUCAAGGAUCCUCACGACGCAGGCGAUCUUCUGGACUCGUUCAACGUCGAUGCAAUGCCCAGACUAAAUGACGACGAGGCCACAGUAUUCCGCGAGCAUGUCGCUUCCUGCCUGUCAAGGACUGAGGACCUAACGGAUGCGCGAAAAGCAACAUUGCGCUCUUUGCCAAUAUACUGCAUUUUGACCCCAGUCGAAAAUCGUGAACGAUGCGGGGUCGAACACAUAUUAUCGGCAAUAUCUAUCAAUGCUACAAUUCAUUGUAUCGCCGGAGAAGAACCACUAAUUGUACCAAGGGUCUCUGGCGUUGUCUUUGUCCUGAUAACCGACUCUGCUCGCCUGAUGGAUCACAUUGACUAUCAUGCUGCGAGAAAUGUAUUGAAAGAAGCAGACGUUGUAGAGCUCGCAAUCGAGCAUCUUUCUGAGCAAAGCCCACCGCUGCAGCUCGACUUCCUCCGCCGUCUUUCGGAGUCUCCUACGCUUCGUUCAUACGACACACUCGAAAGGUUGAGGGCUACGCGAUUCAUUGCGAUGAAUGCAUCCAAUGUAUAUCGAGCACCGCAGGAUCUCGUCGACCCAAGCAGUGCUCUUGUCGACCUAGCUCUGUCCGGAGACUUCUGGCUACCAUCUGAUUGUCGCAAUGAUACCUACCGCGAGAUGAUCAACUUGCUGCGGUCCAUCGGUGUGCUUCAAAAGCAACUAUCUGCUGAAUUUGUUCAACGCCGCAUCGCUCGGGUUGCUGUGGCUUACGAUAAUUCGCAAGACGAUGCAUCCAGAGUUGCCCUUCGGUUGCUUCAGAUGUUGGAAGCGGAACGUUCUAUCUGCAUCGAGCUUUCCCGAGAUAGCUUCUCCCAUCCAGCGUGGCUUCCUACCCAGCAAGGAAACAGAUCUCCUACUGACUGCCGCGAUCAGCGACAUGAAGAACUAUUUGACCGUGUCCUUCCAGUUGUUCGCAUUCGCAUCGAGAGUACCGCUCUGCGUGAAUUCUUGGGAUGGCACGCUCCGAUAUCGCUGUUGACGCUGAGGGAUCAGUUUAAUGCUUUGAUAUUGGAAGGAGACAAGAUCUAUGAGCUCCAUCGUGUGAUCCGCGAGUUCGGUCAGCGAUUUCAGGAGAUGAAUGAAGCGUUCGUUCAGGAAUUGAGAGCGCUCGUCUCUGAGCGGAAAUGGGUGCCAAUCUCGUCUGACCCACCCUGCAUUGUGACCACGCUGGAUGUGAUGUUGUCAUCAGACGUUGAUCUCCCUGGACUCCACCGAGCCCCUCUAGAUCUUAUCAGCAGGGUAGGUGUGAAGGCGUUCCUGGAACGAAUGGGCUGUCCGCAGGGGCCAUCUAAUGCUGCUAUCUUACGUCAGAUUGAUAUGAUUCCAAGACAUGAUGCAAUGAACAGUGGAGCCGUCAAACGUAUUGUCAGACUUCUGGAAGCGUUGGAGUUCAAGAACUUGACCGAUGCUGAGUGGACCCGCAUUUAUCUUCCCGACGUUCAAGGGGACAUGCGCAAUCGAAGUGAGCUUUUUUACGACGAUCUUGGCACUCGAGCCCUGGAGUUAGAACUGCCUCAAAAUCGAUUCAAGAUUCAUAGACAAAUCAGCGAAGUACUCGCGGACCACCUUGGAGUCACAUUCCUCAGUACCAUGGAACUCAAUAUCCUGGAUCCCGAUGAAGAUGAUAUGCUAGAGGAUCCAGUCACUCGUGUCAAUGGCGUGCUUAGAUCCUAUUCCAUUGAUCAGGCAUUCAACGAAUUUCUGGCGAACGCAAUGGAUGCUAAUGCCAAGAAUAUGACCCUUGUCCUGGACGAGAACACUUCGAAUCUCAGGAACGCGGAUUACUUGUCGUCACUCAUGUCGCAAUUCUGCGCAGGUCCGGCUUUGAUCGUGCAUAACGAUGCGCUCUUCACGGACAAGGAUUUCAAAGGAAUUCGCAGCAUUGGGCUCGGGGGGAAACAGGAUAGCGAUGGCGUCAUCGGGAAGUUCGGGCUGGGUGCUCUCACUGUCUUUCAUUUCACUGAGUUGCCUAUGAUCGUAUCCGGGAAAUAUGUGCUUUUCUUAGAUCCAAGUCAAGCAUAUCUGCCGCCGAAUGGCAGUGGAAAACGGCGUGCUUUGCGCAUUCCUCUCUCAACUUUGCAGAGACAAUAUCCUGGCCACUUACAGAGGUUAUAUGAGCUACUGUCCUUCUCCGCAGAUACAGACUUUUACAAUGGGAGCCUCUUUUGGCUUCCGCUCCGAACCGCAUUGCAAGCGACUACCAGCCGACUAUGGACUUCAGAGUUGAGUAGCAACACCGUCAAAAACAUGAUGAGUUCGUAUGCAUCGGUCGCACCUGAAGCGCUACUCUUCAAUCACUUUGACCGGAUAUCGGCGUAUUCCACACGAUCGAAACAAUCUGAUUUCUGGUCCGUCUCAGCCGAACGCGCAAGUGUCUGGCCCGUAGACGGUGAUUACAAAUGCGAGAGGGUCUCAAUUACUCGUGAAGGCCCUCAACGCCACGUGAGCCGGCAAGAGUGGCACGUUGCUCAAGCAAGAUCUACCUUGCAUGCGCUGCCAACUGAAUUCCAGAAGCUGGCACCGAAGCAUCGCAUGAAAGAUCUCAGAAUCGGCCUCGCAGGCCUGAGCCGAUGUACACCUCCGACGCCAACGCAGGAUGCGCUAACUCACAAGUUCUUUUCUAAUCUCCCUCUCCCCAUUCGCACCUGCCUUCCAGUUCAUAUUCACGCGUCAUUCAUCCUCGCCGACGACCGGCGGUCCAUUAGGUUUGAUGACAAUGGCGAAGCUAUCCCGGAGGCGAAAUAUAACCAUUACAUCUUGUCGCAACUGAUCCCUCCUUUGUACUGGUACCUUCUGGAGGCCUGGCCGGGUGAUCUGGACAACUUCGAUAUCUGGCCUGGUGCCGCCCGUGAUCUUGUGCAAAGCGAAGACGCCUUGUCGGCUGCUCUCUGCCAAGCGUUCUACUCUGGUCUCCCAAAUAGUGAGAGGAGAAUGUGUCAACCUGUCAUUGAAGGCGAUCGUAUCCAGCCCCAAGAUUCGUUGUUUUUGGACAAGGAGCCUUCUGCCGACGAGGUUGCAUUGAAGAGUGUGCUUCUAGCUAUCAAACCUCCUACAUUGGUGAUCGUGCCUCGCAGUAUUCUGAAGCGAGCUGAAGCUGCGAAUGCACCGAUCCAGUGGGUGGACGAGUAUAAAGCAAGUGAAGUGUUAUUGCAAUAUCGAGUUCAGUUGAUAGCGGAAUUUCGCGCGAAGCAUAUUGAUGUUAAGGACAUCGAAAAUACCCUUCAUUACCUCCGGAGAAAACCUGACACGCGUUUAGACCGCCUCCCUCUUCUACCACUUGCAGAUGGCAGCCUCGCACGCAUCGACAGCAGUCAGAAUGGUCCGAAGGUGUUUUCAGGCCUUUGGGCCUCAUCUUUAUCGGUCCCUUGGCCAUUAUUCGUUUCCAAGCACUUUUUGCAUCCUACCGUUGAUCACAAGAGACUGCUUGAAUAUGACAUCAAUGUCUCGGAGCUGACUGCUUCGGACCUUGCAGAUCUCGUUCAGACUCGAUUGCCUGACUCGAGGAAAUCUAUUCGGCAAACCACAGAGGAUGAGGGCAGAUGGAUUCAGGACUUCUGGGAGCGUUUUCAUAUCUUCAACAUUGAAGUAGACGAGAUCUCUUCGCUUUCUCUUGUGCCCACAACAAGAGCGGGUCAAUACGUGUCAAUCGAUCACUGCCGCACAGAAGUGGUCCUCGCUAGCCCAAGGGACGCGAUCGAUCAUCACCAUGUAUGCAACUCAUUGGAGAAGUUGGGGGCCAUUGUGCUACCGGCUGCGCAGAAGCUGCCACGCCCUUUGUUACAGCCACUCGACUCCGUGCCGUUCACAAUCGAUGCAGUUUUGAAGUUCCUUCAAUGCAAGAGCGACGAGGCUCACACCGGACUAACUGCACUGCCUGCUCUCUUCGACGUGUUUGAGGACAAUGAGGGAAACGAUUUCGCGAAAUGGGCACGCAACGAAGUGCAAGUUCGGAUAUCUGAUAUUCCCGAGGACCUUCUGCCAGUGAUACGCUAUCUUCCCAUAUGGCCAGCAUGGCGCGGAAAUACGACAGCCCUCUGCUUCCUUCAAGACUGCGACGUGAGAAUUGUUCCACACAGAUUCCGAGUUUCCGAUAUUGCGCGUGUUCUACCACCCGACAUGUCCUUUGCGGAGAUUCCUCUUUCAGUGCUUGAGCGUCUCAGCAUGAAAGCUACGGAGCUGGGUGCUUUCUUAAGCAUUGUUCACACCAGUCUGCACAACCUGGACGACAGUGGCUUUUCAGCGUACGAACGGAUACUCGAUGGAGCCCUCUUACUUUCCAUGGGGGAGCAGGUCAAGAAUGAACUCAAAGUGCCUAAUACUUCACGCGUGCUUGUAUCGCCAAAAACGCUAUAUUCCAGGGCCGAGCCGGCAUUCAUCGCUGCUUUUGAGACACGCCAAGAUCUGUUCCUUCACCCUGUGUUCGAAAGGUACGAUAGGAGCCUCAGGGCUCUCGGCCUCCAGCAUGAGCGAAAUUUCACCACAUUCAAGGCAUGCGUUGUCAAUCUAGAUGCCGAUAACGAAAUGGAAGGUGUAGUUGAUCGCGCUUUGGUCAUCUUCGAAUGGUACGGGCACCUGCCUAUGCACAUCGGCAGGGAUACAAGCAAGUGGUCGGAACUCGUGGGAUAUAAGUUCAUACCGUGCGAUGCGGUUCGGAGGCGCUACAAUGACGCAUCACUGCAUCCUGAGAGCUAUGUGACCCGUCUGUCGCGUCUCAUUGCCCCGGAACAGAUACUACGUGAAGAACAUGAACGGAUCGCAUGGACGCAGAGAGGGCAGUUCAUGCUGCCACCUGACGAACGCCUGCUGCUGGCCGAUCUCACACUUGGCAUGCCUACUCUCGAUGAAGUUGUCCGCCACCUGCGCGUCUUGGCUCUACAGAUUGCUCCAGCUCAUCCGGGGCAUCCGGAAGUGUUCGGCGACUUCAGCGCAACAUAUCAAUGGCUCGGACACUCGGAGCGUGCUCAAGCUGCCGGAGCGAUCCUCGCCAACUACGAACAUGAACCGUUAUUCCUAAACAUCAACACGGCUAGCGACAAGUGGAAUUUCGUCUGCGCAAGAGAUUUGAUUUUCAAUGCCCCAGACGAGGACGACCGUCAGGGCGUCCGCAUGCUCUUGGAUCCCUUCAAGCCGCUCCUCCUCGCUUCUGGCGCCCUCGAGAUCCAGCAACCUAUCGCCCCUCAGAAACAACAUGUUGCCGCAGAUGACGUCAUGCACCGCUUCCGCGCUGCAAUGAACAUGCAGAGGAAUGAGGGGCAGUUUACCGAUUGCUUGCUGGUAUCCUCUGACGGUACAAAGUUCACGGUCCACAGGUCGUUCCUCGCGGCGUCAAACGAACAUUUCAGUGGCAUGUUCUCCUCCGGCAUGCGCGAGAGCCUCCCAGCGUCCUGGAAUGAGCCGAUACGAGUCGAGCUUCCUGAAGAGGAGCCCGUCGUACGGUGCGUGCUUGACUGGUUGUAUGCCGGCGACCUCACGGUCCAGGACACGUACGACCAGAAUGAACUGCUCUCUCUGUUACGUGUUUCGCACUACAUGCGUAUUGCCGACAUGCACCGCGACGUCCAGCGUCUGCUCAUCGAGACGCUCACACCAGGGACCUAUCGAAUCCUCCGCGAAAACGCUGCAGACUUUGAGGCAGAUCUGCUGCUAAAGGCGUGCGAUGAAUAUCUGGAAUCAAAUCGUGAAGUGUUCGAGCGCAACCCGCAAUUGCUUGGGCCGAACGGGGAUGCGUGA